AUGUCCCUUGCCGAUGUUGUCACCUACAUUUGGCUUCAAUUGUCAGAAUUUGCAAGAUAUGUCUCUGAACUUCAGGCGUAUAAAAAGAUUUCUUCUUUAAAGUUACUAGAUGCUGGAUUUGGACGGCAAUAUAAGCAUGAACCCCUACUUAUAGAUAGUCCACAUGCUUUUGAAAAACAGGAGCCUACAUUUCAAAAGUCAGUGCUGCUGAUUAUAAGCAAGAGCCCCAAACCGAUUUUUAAUUUGCAGCUCCUUACUCAAACAGUUUCACAUUUAUAUCAACGUGUGUCUUUCGAAUUACAAACUAUUACCCCAGGGAAUGGUUUCGCUCUUUCUAUCGCAAUAUUCAUUAUCAUAUAUUUGAUAUUGAUUGGAAGCGUAAUAUAUAUAUGCUAUGAUGCCGACGAAGAAUGUACCCGUUCAUCGUCUAGCUCACGAGAAGAAGUCUGCGAGACCGGCUGCAACAGAGAUGAACCGUUAGAAGUCAUAACGCAAGAGCCCAUGCCAGAAAACCCAGACGUGCAUUAUAUUCUCCAGGAUCUAGAUUUUGUGGCAAGGGUUAAUUUGAAGUCUGUAAACAACAAAGUUCAAAUAAUCAACCCAAACUAUCGGAGAAACAGCACAAAGGCAUUGUUAUUGGAUUAUACGGACGAUUUGGAAGUAGAGCGGCAAAGUUCCGUAAAGGAUAGUGAAACGCCGUCCUCAGCUUUUAGUGACCAAAAAGAUAAUUUAAUCACUUUGGACAAUGAGAGCGAGGUAAAAUUACCAAGAAAAGGGACAACUUACACGGUCGAAUCAAUAACAGGCCAUUCUAGUUCAAUAUAUCCAAAGGGGACAAAAGGUUCUAUUAAUUCUAAUAUAGUUAAAGCUGAUCUGAAUUUCGUCUUUAACCUUCUUCAUCCAAACAGUAAUAGGCACAAAUCAUCAGCUAGUCUACAAGCGACUACAAUUGCAUCUGCCCAUGGUACCAUAGACAACCAGAUAAAGGAGAGCAUCCUAUUGUUAGAUCCGAGAACAAGCACACCAUUUAAAAUCAUGACAUCUCCUGGAAUUAUUAACCCUGGAACAGAUAGCCUUGGAAAUGUCGGAUUCGCUUCAUCAGCAUCAAAGCUUCUAGCACCUGUCGAAUCGAAUAUAAGUAUAUGCGGCGAUAUUUCGAACACAUCAAUACUGUUACUGGUUGCAGACAGUCUUGACAUACCAAAUUUCACAGUGCAACCUCAAUAUCAGGAGCUACUAGACGAUACUGAUGACCAAAUCUCCCUUUUCGACUACUUUGAUACUUCAAUGCUGCUUUUGGAGCACUGCUUUGAUUUCGAGAGUGAGUACGAGAAGUGGGUUGAGCUACUGCGUAACAAGACUGAGCUCAGAAAGGAGUGUAGAAAAAUCUUUGACGACCAAUCAACCAUUGCAGACAAGGUUAAAUCCAUAGAAAUAUUGAGAUUUCUAGUAGCAAAUGACCACGACAUAAGGGUUAGUUCAUUACAUAAAAAGAAGAAAAAAUUCGAGAGAUUGAUAGAAGAGCAUAUUUCUGAGUUUAUUAAUGUUCUUUACACUGGAAAUUAUAUUGUAAUGAGGUACGUGAUUUUACUACUUAGGGACUACAUUACGAAUUGCAAAUCUAAUCAAAUUGAAAUAGAGGAUUACAACAGAAUUAUGACAGGACUAAUAGAAGAGAAUUAUUACAACAAGGCGUUGAAUGAAAUUAUAGAGAGUAGCUUGUUCUCGAUUAUGGUUGCAUUGCAUCCAUCCAUGUUAUCAGCAACUAUUUUCUUUAUUUUCAAUGAACUUCUUGUGGACCCCAUUCUUGAUUUGAGAAAAGUCAAAUUGAUGUUGCAGGGUAUUAAAUUCUACAUUUGCUUCAACAAGGAUAUCUUGAUCGAACAACUAAAUAACGCCCCUGAAGAAGAGAAGAUCAAAACAGGCGUUUAUCAGAUUAUGAGAUGCCUUUGCAAUACAACUAGAAUUAUAUCUGUGGACAAGCAGUUUAAAGGCGGAGUUUCGAGUAUUACCGAAAAUUCACUACAGAAGGAAAUAAUAGAUUUCUAUUUGCUAAUUUUGGAAGUAUUUAUUGACUCAAAAUCAAUUUCAAAAGUUCAGAAAAUCGAGUUUUUGGAUCAUUUCGUGACUAGAGCAUAUUCAGAGUUGCAGCCAUUAAUCCAUGGCGAUCCAAGACAACUUCGCAAACCCAGCAUGCAGGAUUCUACUAAAUAAUAUAUAGAAAACACAUUUACAGAAUAUAUCGCACGUGACUU